AUGGAAGUGGAAAGGAAACGAAAUGGUAUUUUCUUGGUUCAUUCUUUGAGGCAGCAGGUGGCUAAUGCGGAUUUUGAUGAUGUUGCAGUUGUUUUAAAGGGAGGAGACGGUGUGAGUACAUCUUGUGCUCGUUAUUGUGACGUGGAACGCCAUAAUGAUGUGAAAUGUGUUGCGACUAUUCGUUUGAUGGGUAUGGUGGAGUCACCCGACACCAUGGAUGACUAUAUGAGAAUGUUCGAAAGAACCGCAAGGAAGAGUUUGUAUACAUUGUCAAGGGGUGUUGUUGAAACAUUUGGAGACGUGUAUUUGCGGAAACCUUCGUUGCAUGAUUUGCAAGAAUUGUAUGCGACACAUGAAAAACGCCAUGGGUUUCCCGAAAUGAUCGGAAGCAUUGAUUGCACACACUGGAAAUGGAAAAAUUGUCUGUCGCCAAUAUUUGACAAUCUUUUGAAUGGAAAUGCCCCAGAUACUCCUUUCACGGUGAAUGGAAACAAAUACAAAUACGGGUAUAUUACCUUACAAAAGGAUAUAUAUUCUCAGUAUUCCACAUUCGUGAAGGCAUUCCGACACCCGGUUGAAGAAAGAGACAAUUUUUUUAAGAGAAGACAAGAAGGAGCACGUAAGGAUGUAGAACGUGCUUUUGGAGUGCUUAAGGCGAAGUGA